CCUAUUUAAACUGUCCUACUUUUCUAGUAGGCCUCCCUCUAUGCCCAGCCCACGUAAAUGGUCAGUAUCUGAAGAUGAUCCACUCGCAACGCAACAGAAAAAGGUCUAACCAAUAGCCACGAGCCACGUACCCAAUGAUGCGUCGAAUGACGUGUCAUGUCGACAGGUGAAGUCGUCAUCUCCAGCUCCUCUCAACUCAAUGAUAUCUUCCAUUAAAUUAAACGCUCUCCCUCUCUGUCAAAACCGUAUCUUUUAUUCCUUACCUGCGCCGGCCCCAACUACGGUUCUUAAUACGUGGCUGCUCAGUUGAACGGACACUGGUGGUUGGAUCGUCGAUCAGAUCAGGUCACAUCAUGGCUGAGGACAAGUAUAAUUUGAAGAACCCGGCGGUCAAGAGGAUUUUGCAGGAGGUCAAAGAGAUGCAAUCUAAUCCUUCUGAUGAUUUCAUGAGCCUACCGCUCGAGGAGAACAUAUUUGAAUGGCAAUUUGCCAUCAGGGGCCCCAGUGACACUGAGUUUGAGGGUGGGAUUUAUCAUGGACGGAUUCAAUUACCUGCAGAGUAUCCUUUCAAACCUCCUUCGUUCAUGUUGUUGACAUCGAAUGGCCGUUUUGAAACCCAGACAAAAAUAUGCUUAAGCAUUUCAAAUCACCAUCCUGAGCACUGGCAGCCAUCAUGGAGUGUACGGACAGCUCUGGUAGCUCUUAUUGCAUUCAUGCCUACCAAUCCAAAUGGUGCACUGGGCUCACUAGACUACAAGAAGGAAGAAAGACGUGUGCUGGCUGUCAAAUCUCGUGAAGCACCCCCUAGAUUUGGGACUCCUGAGCGUCAAAAGCUCAUUGAUGAGAUUCACGAGUAUAUGCUAAGCAGGGCACCACCAGUUCCUCAGCUAAACCCCGCACAGGAUUCUGAAGAACAAAAUACCAACAGGGAGGGAGAAGCCCAGUCAAGUUUGCAAGAAGAUGGAGCCAUAGCUGCACAUUCAAAUCCAGAUCCAGUAGAUGGAGAAAAUCUGGCAGUAGGUGAUAGGGUUAUCGAAGAAGUGCCUGAGGCUGCUGUUGAUGCGAAUCCUGGCACUGCAGAAUUGAGGGUAUCAAGAGAGAUUCCUGCUGGUGGUUCAAGUGAUCAGCUACUGCAUAAGCCAGAGACGAGAGCUCAAAAACCAGCAGAUGAUCGCUUGUUCACAUGGGCUGCUGUUGGACUCACCAUUGCAAUUAUGGUUCUUUUGCUGAAGAAGUUCAUGAAAUCCAGCGGAUAUGGUGCACUGUUCAUGGAUGGAUCAUAAAGCAGUGAUAUUCUUGUAGUUUGAGACAAACUGUGUUCUAAAGUUAUAGUGAGGGGAAAAAAAUGAAUAAACAAGACAAAAAGGUGGAAGGAAUUAGUCUACCAAGAUUUUCAUCUAUAUCGGUAUAAUUUGUAAUUAUAAAUUUUAAAGUGCUCGAUCAUUGUAAUUAAUAAUGUAGGUGAGCUACUCGUUUGCAUU